AUGAUCCAAGGGAUAUUUUACGCAAGGUUCUUCCCCAAGGAGGGCCCCCGCAUCGUCGCCCAAUCCCCCGCCGGCCUCAUCGGCACAGCCAAAACCUCCCUUCUCGACUUCGACAUCCUGCAAGCCUACAUCAUCCCGCGCAAGUCCUUCGUCAACCGCCUCGUAACUGCCACCGACCCGGACGGCAAAUACACCAUCCUGGGCUACCCGGUCCUGAUCGCGCACGACAAGUACGUGCGCAACGAGUUCAUCUUCAACUUCGGCGUCGUGCUCGAGGCCGAUGUGGACCGCGUGCCAUACGAGAGGGUCGUGAGGAGGUUGGCUGUGACCUUUGCCGAGAUGGAGGUGCAGGAUGGGUAUUUGAGCGGACAGGAGGUCGAGGGGGAGAAUGGAUGGGCGGUUAUUGAGACGGAGAAGAGGAGGAGCGUGGAGGGGUUGUUGGAGAUUGUGAGGGAGGAUUUGAAUAAUUAUGGGGAGUGCAUGAUUCCCGUGGAUGACGCCAACACCAUCAACAUGAAGCUCUUCCCUCACUACAAACAACCCGCCGAAGUAAAAGGCUGGCACGUCCCCGUCGCCAAAAUGAAACUCUCCGACAUCGUCGACCCGACCUGGGACCUCACCAUGCAAAAAGUAAUCACCCACAUCGACGGCGCCUCCGACGUCCGCCGCAUCGCCUACCUAGCCGACGUCUCCCUCGACCUCGCCAAAACCGCCCUCCGCCACCUCCUCUACUACGACACUAUUCUUCUCCUCGACAUGUUCUUCUUCUCGUCGUGCUACGCGCCACGGCCUGGCAUCGCGGACUUCGUCGCGAACCUUGACGGCAUGGUUGAAGAGUGCGCUGCUUAUGCUUGUAUCCAUUCGAGGCAGCGGCUGAGUAAUUUCCACCUCAUCAGGCUCAUGACGUCCUUUUGUGUUGGGAAGUCCGUCAUAGAGUGGCUGAAAAGCCAUCGGGAUGCCGGUUUGGAUGUGCUGCGCUAUCUUGAUGUGAGGCGCUUCGUUCAGUUCGGCGUCAUCAAGGGCUGUUUGUACAGGGUGCACAAGUACGUCGUCUCUAAGCAGUAUAUCGCCGCUUUGGCCACGGGGCAAUCAGCGCCUAGGCCCGGUGGCGAUGCGCUGCAGAAGUAUACGGAUGGGAAUCAUUGCUUUGAUCAGAUUAUUACCGAGUUGAACUUGACGGAUGAGGAGAUUACGGAGAAGUUGAAGUCGCUCCCUCUGCCUGUGGGGGAUCUGACGGUGUUUUACAGGUGA